AUGAUCAUUAUGUCGUGUGUGGCCAGUUCUUGCUCUUUCCCUUCUUCCUCCAUCAUCUUUACCCGUUUUCUCCUUCGUUCCCUCUUCAUUCACUGUCGGAUGUCCACAAAAUUCAAGCCGAAGACACUCGCUGACGAGUCGGACGACGAAGACGCUUUGUCCAUGCUCGACUCCCUCAAUUCUACACAAGAGCAACCAGAGUGGAUUCGGGACAAGAACGGUGACCUGGACUGGGCCUACACUGCUCGGUGUGCGCGAACAUGGAGCCACGACGCACUCCUCACCCAUCUCUGCCAACAGUCUUUCUCAAUCCCACCGCGGGACUACAACCCGUCGGCGCCAUUCGUCUACGCCCGCAUGCUAGACGGCGAAGUCGUGACGCUGCCACACGGCUACCGCCUUCCGCUCAUGUUUGUAGGGAAGUAUAUCUGGGAGACGAUGUUCAGCAAGCUCAAGGAUGAGACGACGUGGAAGAAGGAGCGGGCGAACUUGUUCCAUUUAUCGCGACUCUGCCAGAAUUUAUUCCGUCGCGCCCGAGCGAAAGCUCUCAAGGGUGGCAUGGAGAAGGGCUGGAGAAGUCUCAUGUUCGACCGUCUUCUCGCCCGCUUCUAUAAGCAUUGGACGACAAAUGACCCCAAGAGUGGCCCGAAGUUCAUAACUACGCAUAGCAUCAAGGAGUAUGACCGGGAUGUUCUCAAACACGAUUGGAGAAGGUGGUGUCUACGGGGCCUUGGCUCCGUGCGGAUGACAGAGGACGAGGUGAAUAAUGGGAUUACUCACGAGGAGUUUCGCAAAACACUUGGAAAGAACGAACACGGUGACUGGAUGCUUAACGGAAAGCACCUCACCUUCGUCACCACAGAAGAGGGUGAGGCGUGGAUCUCGACUUCAGAGCUCACGGAGGAAGAGGACGAGGACGAAGGAGAGAAGGGGGAGGACCAAGGUAACGAGGAAGAAAGUGAAGAAGAUGAGGAAGAGGUGAUGGAAGUCAUUCACGUUGGGAAGCGAAGGAGGGACGAGGAACAGCCUGAUCGCUCACCCAAGCGUUCCAAGCUAGCCGGAUUGCACCAGCCAAAAAUGAUAAAUACCCUCGCUGCCAUCAAGCAAAGGCUUGAAAUGCCUCGUUCCUCGCCUCCCCGACAAGAAGGCACCUCUGCGUCGGCCCCUGUGGCUUCAACUUCCCAACAGCCCCUGAUCCAGCCCAAAAUUGAAUAUGCCCCAAUUUCCAUCUCGUCAAUAGACGACGUUCCCCGAACAUCUCCUGCUACCACCCCUACUGUCGCGAUCGCCACUCCAUCGACUACCGUGAAGGCGAAACGCCCUCCAAGAGAGCCAACACGAACUAGUGCGCGCAAUGUGGCCCGACCUUUCUUGGGGCUACCCAACCCGCUCGCUCGAACCGCCAGGUCGAAACAACCAGUCAAAAUCGGCCCUCCACCAAAGAAAGCCGCUCCUGCACAAAAAACCAUCGAGCAGACUUCCAGCUCAUCGUCAUCGUCAUCCGAGGAAGAAGAAGAUAAGUCAGACGAUGAUAAACCUUCCGGGGAAGUCACCUCCAAGGCGUUAGAGUUGUUGGUCAAGCUCCUCAAUGCCAAGAAGGCUCUCGAGAACGACGCACAGCCGUCUUCGGCCGCUGGCCCAUCCACCCGGGGGUCUGGAAAAAUCCUGGUCCCGGCUUCGUCAUCUCUUGCUUCGGGGUCCGACCAACGUGUGGUUGAGUCCCAACUUCUGAAGUUCGAAGGGCGGUUCCUGUCGAUGAAGGAGGAGCUUUUGGGAAUUGUGGGUCGGUUACAAGCCCUGGAGAACGAUGACCUCCGGUAUCGGCAAUUGGACAGAAACGGCAACGACAGGGUGCUUGUCGACACUGGGGUCGAUUGUACACCGGCGAGAGUCACUCAGGAAAUUCAAACCGACGCCGAGGAUGUGGAGAUGGGUGACGAGUGGCUGGGCGGGAAAGUAACUUUCUACCCAGUAAGGCUCUUUCGAGAAACGGGUAUGCAAACCGUCGUGGAGGAAAAGAGGCCCUCUCCAGCACCACGGCUGACACUCGGGAAUCCACAAGUCAGCACCGGGCUCUCUGCGACACCCUUUGUUCAAGCUUUGGACCAGGCCCUUGAUCACGACUCCCCUUGCGUCGGAUCCACCAGCGCCCAGACUGAUUCGACAUUGGCGCCUUCGGCAUCCUACGAUCCUCGAACAGAUCUGAUGCGCUCGAAUCUCUUGGAUGUCGUCGAGAACCUUGUAUCCGCAAAGAUGUUGGCCUUGACGCAAGGCAUGGUGAAGGCGAAGCAGAACGGGGGCUCGAUUUCUGGGACGGAGACUCCCAACGCCCUUGCAUCUCCGACACUGGGUGGCCACGCGUCGCAGCCAUUCGUCAUCAACACCCUCAUGGACGAGAUCAAAUCGAUGAGGGAAGAAACACGAGUUCGCGAGCAGCGAGACAAAGAGGAGAUGGAAGCUAUGCGCCAACUUCACUCCGCCGAAGUCGACGCGCUGAGGAGACGCCUGUCCUACCUCGAAUCCCAGCAUCGACACGGCGAGAGCAGUUCAAGCAGCGCGACUCGCUAUCGCUCGUCCUCUGCACACUCACUGCACUUCGACAGCGGCAGCAGCCACCUUUCUGCCCCUGUUCUGGGCGAGCCAGUCGAGAACGGUCGCCUCAGUCGACAGCGUUACCAUCAGCCGAAUGGAAGAUUCUCACCGAGCUACAGUGGACCGGGCGACAGCGCGGACACGUCCUCCUCGCAUGCUUUCAGCCCUCUGCUGCGCACGACGAAUCCGGGGGAUGCUCCUGAGUCAGGGGGCGCGAUGCCGACGCCGACGCCGUCCGAACGGAGUUAUUCGUUCACCCGACCUGGGCUUGAUAUAGACGAGGAUAUGCCACUUCCCAUCAAAUCGCAAAGGAAGCAACACAUAAUGGCACUCGCUCGUGCGCACCUUGGGUAG